AGAACAAUCAUCAGGACAUCGAACCCGGAAUCCUCGAUAUAAUCUUGCAAAUGACAAUGUCCGAAUUCGAUAAGCUUGCAGAGAAUUAUAGCCGCUGUUAUGGCAAAAAUCAAUUGAGAUUCGGGUCGAAGCCAGUAUUGGUUGUGAUCGACUGCGUGAAAGCGUAUCACGAUCCUACCUCGCCCCUUUACGCACCCAAAAGAUUCGACGAAGCACUGAAAUCCAUUCUACGCUUGAUAGAGAAAUGCAGAGCAGUUGGAAUCCCCGUCGUUUACACCUCUGUGAUCUAUGAAACGCCCCAAUCAGGAGGGAAAUGGUAUACCGAGAAACUUCCCAAUGUUCUUUGCUGCUACGAUGCGGGAAAUCCGUUCAGAGAUUUUGCCGAGGGAGUAAUGCCGAGAAAGGACGAGGUUGUGGUGUUGAAGCAGUACUCGAGUAGCUUUUUUGGGACGACCUUGAGUAGCUUGCUGGCGAGUUGGGGGUGUGAUUGUACGAUUUUGUGUGGAUACUCAACUUCUGGAUGCGUGAGAGCAACGGCACUUGAUUCGAUGCAGUAUGGUUACAGCCCGUUUGUAGUUAAGGACGCGUGUGGGGAUCGACAUGCGUCUGUCAAUGACAGUAACCUGUUCGACAUGCAGGCAAAGUUUGCCGAGGUGCUUGCAGAACAGGAAAUGAUGAAACUGAUCGACGGAAUUAAGAAGCAGUAAACUUCUCAAAGCUGGAAAGCACAGGCGAUUUAUGAUAGGCUAUUUGUACACUAGGAACUCUAGCCUUGACGGGAUCAGACUCCAAGCUCCAGUUUCUUGGCAACAAGCUUUUUGUAGAAAUCAUGAUCAUAGCCGACGCAUUGCAGGUAUUCGUAGAAAAAUCUCAUCGAUGGGGCAGUAUCAGUAUCGGCCUUGACUUAUUAGCGUAGCACGUCAAAUUAAACGCAAUAAUUAU